AUGGCCGCGGGACGCGCCGCCGCGGGCGCGGGCGGCGGUCAUGACGGCGACGAGAUGGCUGCCGCGAGCUCCCCGUCCGCCGCGCGAUUCGGUCGCGACGACGACGAGGCCCCGCCAGCGCGCGCGUCGAGCGCCAAGUCUCUCGACCUCGCGUCCGUCGCGCUGGGCGCCGCGCUGCACGACGAGAUCACCCUCGACGUGUUCGAAACCCUCCGCGCCACGUUCGAGUCCGCGGAUCUCGACGGCGGCGGCUCGCUCGACGAGGACGAGUUCGUCGCCGCGUUCGCCGCCGCGCUCGGCGACGGCAGCGAGUCGUCGGGGAACGACGCGCGAUUGCGUCAGCUCUUCAACCGCGUCGACGCCAACGCGGACGGCGCCGUGGACUGGGACGAGUUCUCGACGUACGUCCUCCUCGAAGGGCAGGCGGCGCGCGAGCUCCGCGCGCUCGACGCGGUGCGGAAGUACCUCCCGGAGAAGGAGCAGCGCGUUGGCGUCGCGGGGCAAUCCGACCCGGAGGCGAAGCACCGAGACGUGGUGACGUCCCUCACCAAGAUGACAUCGCUGAGAGACACGUACGCGACGACGUCGCACGACGGCACCGUGCGCCUGUGGCAGCUCUCGAGCGACGGCGGGGUGAAGUACGUUAGGAAGGUGGACCUGAGGUCGCGCGCGUAUCUGACCGCGGGGUGUCAUCUGGACACGAGCGGGAGGCUCGCGGUGGCGUCGCACGACCGCAAGGUGAAAAUUCUCGACAAGGGCUGGAAAGUCUGCGGGCAGCUGAGCACGUUUCAGUACGCGCCGCUGUGCAUGACGUCCUGGCGCGGCGGCGCGAAGAUCGCGCCGGGGCACAAGGACAUGGACUGGAUCGCCGUGGGCGACGACGGCGGGUACGUGCACGUGUUGCAGGCGAUAGACAUGACGGACGGGGAGAAGGCGCAGUCAGAGUACAAAGUCCGGUUCGAAAACAAGUGGACGCGGAAGCUCCACGACGACUGGGUGACGUCCGUGCAGUACGUGAAAGAGGACGAUGUCAUCGUCAGCGGGUCGCUGGACAGGACCGUGAAGCUCGUGGACGUGGACCCGAACGCGUUGGGCGCGCGGACGAGGACGUUGCAAGGGCACAAGGGGGGCGUCAACGCCGUCGCGUGGUCGCCGAGGUUUAAACUGCUUCUCACCGCGUCCGUGGACAAGACCAUCUUGCUGUGGAACCCGCUGACGUCCAAGCCCGUGGACGUGUUGUACGGCCACGGCGCGUCCAUCUCGCACCUGAUGCUCGUCGAGAGCGAGUCGCAGAUCAUAUCGCUGGACGUGGAGAAAAACGUGCGGGUGUGGGAUUUCAAGUCGCGCGCGUGCGUGCAGUCGUUCGAGGACAAGACGUCGUACUUCCCAGUCAACGCGAUCGGCGCGCUCGGUUUCGACCACGGCACCUCGCGUUUGCUGACCGCGUCGAUAUCCCCGAAGCUGUGGAAGCUCACGGUCAUCGACCGCGCGGCGAGCGUGGGCCACAACCGCCCGGCGGUGGCGGUGUCCGUGAACCCUUCCCCCGGGUUCACCCAAAUCGCGAGCGCCGACUCCGGCGGUUGCGUCUGCGUCUGGGACUUCACCGACGGCGAGAUCGAGUACCGGUUCACGGACGCGCACGCGGUGGGAGGCGACGCCGACGCGAGGCUGACCGCGAUUACGUACGACGCGGCCGGGCGGCGCGUGUGCGUCGGCGCGAGCGACGGCGUGGUGUCGGUCUGGAAUCCGUCCAACGGCCACAGGGUGAAACUCUGCGUCCCCGGCGACGGCGCCGCGGAGGUCACGGAUCUCGCGCACAUGGGCGAGGGCGACGACGCCUUCGCGUUCAAGCGCGUCGCCGCGGUCGGGUGGGACCACGCGGUGACGUUCUGGGACGACGACGCGCGGGUGCGGGUGAACCCGCGGCGGCGGAUGCGCGGCGAAAAGGCGCACGGGGACGCGGACGUGCUGUGCGUCGCCGCGGCGCCGCCGGACGUCAUGGCGACCGGAGAUUCGCGCGGCGAUUUGUUGAUAUGGAACGUGGAGAACGGCGCGCUGCGGCAUAAGCUGCCGGCGCCGCCGCUGCCGAAGAAACUCGACGACGGCCACGCGGCGUCUUUUCAUUCGGCGGCGGCGGCGUCGUACGCGCCGGCGUCGGAUCGCGCCGCGGAGUCCGUCGUCUUCCUCGGCCGCGACCUCCCGAAGGAUAAAGCCACGCCCGCGGUCGUCGCCGCGUCGUACGCGGACGGGCACGCGCGCGUCUGGAACGUCUCCGAGGGGAGGCUCGUCGCGGACUUCCACGCGGGCCACCGCGACGGCGAGAGCGUGAUGACCAUCGCGGCGGACGCCGAUGGCGAAAAAGUCGUCACCGGCGACGCCGUCGGCCGCGUCAAACUGUGGGACUUCUCCCGCAUCACGCGCGCCGCGCUCGCGGAGACGUUCGACGCGUUCGGACAAGACGCCGGCUCCCCGAACAAGCACGUCGGGAACCGCCGAGUCAUGGGCCGCGACGACGCGAUGUGCGUGGGGUACUGGCAAGCGCACGCCGUCGGCGCGUGCGUGAGCGCGUGCCAGUUUUUCCGCGCCCCCGCGGGCGGCGCCCCGGGAGAGACGCGCGGGUUCUUCGUGACGUGCGGUCAGGACGCGGUCGUGAGCGUGUGGACGGACGACGGGCGGCACGUCGGGCGGUUCGGAUCGGAUCGAUGGCGGUUACACGACGAGAGCUCGUGGUUAUCGACGGCGCCGCCGUCGGGGGGGGACGUCGUCGCGCCCGCGGAGGAGGAGGCGGAGGCGGAGGAGGAGGCGGAGGCGAAGAAGAAGAAGGCGGAGGUCGUCGCGGAGAAGGCGGCGGCGGAGGUGGGGGGGGAGUUGACGGGGGGAGCGAAAGACGAAGACGCGGCGGCGGCGGCCGAGCCGCCCGCAGCUUCGAAGACCGCGGAGGAAGAGCAGGAGAAGAAACUAAUAGAGGAGGAGGAAGAGAAGAAGGAGGAACCCGCUGACGCGACGGACGCCGACGACGACGCGGAGUUCUGUUUCCCCACCCCGACCGGGUACCUCCCCGUGAAGCCCGAGGACGACCGACGGAUGUGGACGCGCGACGUCGAAGAGAGCAUGGAGAACACCGCGUUUUACCGCGAGUGGAUGGAGAAGAACGACCUGGCUGGCAAGAUCACGCUGGACGAGCUCAAGGCGCGGCACAAGAAGCUCAGCGCGAGAAAGGCGCCGUGGAGCCGACGCGUGUACCAGCCCCCCGCGCACGCGCACAUCAACCACGCGAGCGGACGAGGGCGGCCGUACACGAGCGUGCAUCACGUGGUGAGCAUAUACGACACGGAGUCGCCGCCGAAGCAGCCGGGGACGGAGAAGGGGAAGUUCGCGUACGGCGUCCCGAUCGAGACCGAUCCGUCGCAAAGUCUCGAGGGAGAGUGA